AUGAGCAGUCGAAAAGUUGGAUGGAUCCAUCCGGAUGCACAGCUGUCACCAGAUGCUGGCAUCUGUUAUGGUGUCAGGUAUGUAGGCUGCUUAGAAAUCAAGGAAUCCAUGAAGGCAUUAGAUUUUGAAACAAGAACAGCUGUUGCCAGGGAGUCCAUAAGCAGAGUUGCAGAGGCAGCAGGCUUGAAAAAUGCAUCCAAGAAAAAGAAGAUUGAUCGUAAUCUAGGAAGCAUGUUGGGUGAUGCUCCACACAUGCAGUACACUGGUUCUAAUGUAAAUCUGACAAUCACAACUGAAUCUAUCAACUUGAUGAUAAUGGAGACUGGAGAGAUAAUAGCAAACCAUCCUUUGCAUGUUGUCUCCUUUGCAUCAGGGGGCGAUGUGGAGACUGUUGACUUUGUAUCAUAUGUUGCCAAAGACCCUGAAUAUGGUCGUGCUUGCCAUGUGCUGGAGUGUGGUGGUGGCUUGGCAGAAGAUGUAGUUUCAACCAUAGGGCAGGCAUUUGAGCUUCGCUUUAAACAGUAUUUGAAGAAACAACCCAAAGCAGUGGAAUUGCCUGAUAGAACAGACAAGCCAGGGUUUGAAGAUGAGUGCUGGGGAAACAAGGAAGACUAUUACAAUGAUAAUCCUGAUGCUGUCCCUCCUGAAUUUGGUUUACCUGCUGCAGAGAAGGCUCCAGAAAUACCUCCACUUCCUCAGUAUAACCCACCGAAUAAGUCCCAUGACUCCAGGCAUGAUAGAUCAACAAACGAGGCAACUGUUGGAAGUCAGGUUCUUGAACAAAUAGAGUCCCUGAUUGUGGAUCUUCCCCCAGCACCAGAUCCACCAUCGGCAUCGUCGUUCAAAGUAUCUCACAAGGAAGGGGAGACAGAUUUGCGGGCAGCAAAAUCAGCCGUACCACCUACAGGGACCCUUGAGCCGGUGUAUGAGGAAUGGUACCACGGGGAUCUGCCACGCAAACAGGCUGAAUCACUACUUGAAUUCGAUGGGGACUUUCUAGUCAGAAAAAGCAGCAACAGUCCAGGCCAGUUUGUACUUAGUGGGAAGCAAGCAGGAGCACCACGGCAUUUAUUACUUGUGGACCCUGAGGGCAUUGUAAGGACACGAGACUUCAUUUUUGACAGCGUAAGUCAUUUGGUUAACUACCACCGGCAGAAUAAUCUUCCAAUUAUUACACAGGGUAGUGAACUGCAACUUGUGAGACCAAUAAAGAAAUGUACACCUGUGACAUGA